AUGUUAAUUCUCAGCAAACCUGACAUGAUGUCCGAAUCAGGAGACGUCCCACAGACAUUAAGUCCCGCAGAAAGGGAUAAACCCCCAAGUAGAGUAGUAAUAACAGAGCCGGAGGUGAGUUGUUACAGUAUUCAAGAAUGGCAGAAUUGCUGGCGGCAACAAGACUCCUACAUUAAUCUUCUAGAAAGGAAGGCAAAUCAACAAGAAGGGGACCUGGCUGAUCUUCGACUAGUCAACGAGAGGAUCAAAGGGCAGCUCUUUGAAUCUCAGCAGAGGGAGAAGACUUUGGUUCGUAGGCUGGCUGCUAAAGAACAGGAGACACAAGACUAUGUGUGUCAAUUAAACGAGUUGAAGAGUUCUCAAGUUCCCACCACCUCAUCCUUAAGAACGGUUCUAUUGGAUCCAGCAGUUAACAGCAUCCUUCACCAUCUCCAGUCUGAACUACAGGCAACCCAUUUAAAGCUAGAAGACACCCAGAACGAACUAUCAGCAUGGAAGUUCACUCCCGACUCCAAUACCGGCAAACGGCUAAUGGCAAAAUGCCGCCUCCUCUACCAGGAGAACGAGGAGCUCGGAAAAAUCACCAGUUCUGGACGAAUAGCAAAACUCGAAAGUGACUUAGCCUUACAAAAAAGUUUUUCGGAGGAAGUGAGAAAAAGUCAAAACGAAUUGGACUCGUUUCUGGCGGACUUAGAUGAAGACGUCGAAGGUAUGCAAAGUACUAUUCUCUUUUUGCAGCAAGAAUUAAAAAAAUCUAAAGAGACUAUCCAAGUAUUGCAAAAAGAGAAUAUUACUCUAAAACAGGGUUCGAACGGCAGGGCGAACGGUGACACUAGUGUGUGCGAACGGGAACAGACAGACUCAGAAAGCGAAAUGGAGCGGACACGUGGUGUUAAAAGGAUUAGGAGGUCAUCGGUAUUAAGUAUCGAUUAUAACGAAGACGACACGCUUGUUAUUAAUACUAACGGUGAUGCCGCUAUUUCUUCCGAUCCGGAGUAA